UCUGACAUCUACCUCUUUCCCCGCCUUAUAUGUUGCAAUUGCAUGCACCUUCCUUCAUUACAAGCUUCAGUCCCACUACUCCUCAUUACACUAUUGUGCAUUCCUCAGGGACUUCAGUUCACCCCUUUGGUUUCCCGCAAGAAUGUCAAGAUUUUCACUUCCUUCACUCUUGCUUUCCUUGUUUGUAGUCUUGAUUUUGGUUUCUACUCCUUGUGCUGCCUCAUCUAGGACUAGGAGUGAGUAUUUGCGAAAUGAGUUCUUGAAAGUGCCCAUCUCUGAAUUCGUGGGCUCUUUGAAAACCGCUAUUGAUAUUAUACAAGAUGUCACCUCUACAAUCUCAAAUUUUGGUAAUUUCUUUGGUGACUUUCGUCUCUCCAAUGCUAUAACUGAUUGUCUAGACUUACUGGACUUCUCCGCUGAUGAGUUGAGCUGGACCAUGUCUGCCUCCCAGAAUCCUAAGGGUAAAAAUAACAGCACUGGUGAUCUUAAUUCUGAUUUAAGGACAUGGUUAAGUGCUGCACUUGUUAAUCAGGACACAUGCAUUGAUGGAUUUGAAGGCACCAGUAGCAUUCUCAAAAGCCUAGCGGCAGGUGGUCUUAACCAGAUCACUUCAUUAGUCCAGGAGCUUCUCAGUAAGGUGGACUCAAAACGUAAUUCUAAAACCAAUGGAGUUGCCUUCACUGGCAGCAAAAGUGCCAAAAAUGAUAAAUUCCCUUCAUGGAUUAAGCACGAGGACCGUAAAUUGUUAGUGAUAAAUGGAGUGACCCCUGAUGCUAUAGUUGCAGCAGAUGGAACUGGAAAUUUCACAAAGAUAAUGGAUGCAGUAUCAGCAGCACCUGAUUAUAGCAUGCGACGAUAUGUCAUAUAUAUUAAGAAUGGUUUAUAUACUGAAUAUGUGGAGAUCAAGAAGAAGAAAUGGAACCUAAUGAUGGUUGGUGAUGGAAUGGGUGCCACAGUAAUUUCUGGCAACAGGAAUUUCAUUGAUGGCUGGACCACUUUUCGCUCAGCAACCUUUGCGGUUAGUGGGAGAGGAUUCAUAGCUCGAGACAUAACUUUUGAGAACACUGCAGGAGCUGCAAAGCAUCAAGCAGUAGCUCUACGAUCCGAUUCUGAUCUAUCAGUCUUCUUUCGGUGUGAAGUUAGGGGCCAUCAAGACACACUCUAUACUCAUACAAUGCGACAAUUCUACCGGGAAUGUCGUAUUAGUGGGACCGUAGACUUCAUUUUUGGUGAUGCAACUGCUGUCUUCCAAGACUGCCAGAUUCUAGCCAAGAAAGGCUUACCAAGCCAAAAGAAUACCAUAACAGCUCAUGGCCGCAAGGACCCAAAUCAACCAACAGGAUACUCCAUCCAAUUCUGCAAUAUCACAGCAGAUAUUGAUCUCUUACCUUAUGCCAAUUCCACGUACACUUACCUUGGUAGACCCUGGAAAAACUUUUCAAGAACCGUUUUCAUGCAAUCCUAUAUAAGUAAUGCUAUAAGGCCAGAGGGAUGGCUAGAGUGGAAUGGCGAUCAGUAUUUGGACACUUUGUACUAUGGUGAGUACUCGAAUUAUGGGCCAGGAUCUGGGCUAACUAACAGGGUCCGGUGGCCUGGGUAUCAUAUUUUCAAUACUUCCUAUCAGGCCAACAAUUUCACAGUGGCCCAAUUCAUUGAAGGGAACUUGUGGUUGCCAUCAACAGGAGUGAGAUACACUGCAGGUUUGGAUGUCUAAUAAUCUGUUUAUUCAUUUAAAGUAGCUUCAACUAUACUUGUUCAUUUUUUCCACCCUUUUAUAUACCUCUUUUUGGGAUGAAGAUAUGGUGGUUAUAUAUAUUUGGUGUUCUUUACUCAGUUGAGAAUGAGGUUGCCAGGGAAUUUGAUGUAUAAACCACCAGAAAAUGUGCAUCCCAUAUCGUUUGUUUGCUUAUUCUAAACUUCAAUGUUUUUUUU